GGAGGAAGUUGCACAUCUCUGAAGUUUCCUUGAGAGAAAUCUGCAGACAGAAAAGUUGCUCCCCUUUCUCCCUGCUGCCUUUAGAGCCAGCUGGGUGCCAUGGCCAAGCUGCUGGGGCUGCUGCUGGCUCUGCUGGGCUGCGCCGUGGCGCUGGAUCCUGCCCUGGAGGAGGCCUGGGAAGGGUGGAAGAGCCUCCAUGCCAAGAAGUACCCAGAGGAGGCCAAGGCUGUCCGCAGGGAGGUCUGGGAGAAGAACCUGCGGCGCAUCCAGCAGCACAACCAGGAGGAGUCGCAGGGACAGCACACCUUCCACCUGGCCAUGAACCACUACGGGGACCUGACGGGCGAGGAGUUUAACCAGCUCCUGAAUGGCUUCACUCUGGCACAGUGGGAGGAGCCGGCACUGCUUUUCCAGGCUCCGGCGGCCCUGAACGCCCCGGCAGAGGUGGACUGGAGGGCAAAGGGCUACGUGAUGCCUGUGAAGAACCAGGGGCACUGCGGGUCAUGCUGGGCAUUCAGUGCCACGGGGGCCUUGGAAGGGCUUGUCUUCAACCAGACCGGGAAGCUGGUGGUACUGAGCGAGCAGAACCUCAUCGACUGCUCCCGAACUGGCAACAACAGCUGCCACGGCAGCCUCAUGACCUGUGCCUUCCAGUACGUGCACGAAAACGGUGGCUUGAACUCGGAGCGCAUUUACCCCUACACGGCUACAGACACCUCCAGCUGCCGAUACAACCCCCAGGACAGGGCGGCUAACUGCUCCACCAUCUGGCUGGUGGCCCAGGGCAAUGAGGUGGUGCUGGAGCAUGCGGUGGCGGCUGUGGGCCCCAUGUCCAUGGCGGUGGAUGCCAGCAACUUCCACUUCUACAAGUCGGGCAUCUUCAGCAGCAUGUUUUGCAGCCAGCAGGUAAACCAUGGGAUGCUGGCCGUGGGCUACGGCACAAGCCAGGAGCCCGGGUGCAACGUGAGCUACUGGAUCUUAAAAAACAGCUGGUCAGAGGUGUGGGGUGAGCAGGGCUAUGUCCGCCUGCUGAAGGGCGCCAACAACCAGUGCGGGGUGGCCACCCAGGCCAAUUUCCCCAUGCUGUGAGCCAGGGCUGCGGCGGGAGAGGACAUCCCUCCCUCCCUGGGCAUCUCUCCCUGCCCUGGCUGUGGAUCCACGGCUGUUUCCUUUGGAAAAAGGGUUUUCAUUUGUGUGUGGUAAGAAGCAAUUAAAAGUGGCAUGCCUAAAUGCUCUGCGCCUGUGA